AUGUCACGCUCACAAGCGUACAUGAUCCAGAUAAGUCGGUUCAGGGAAUUGAAUGAAUUCUUCGAGCACACGAUCGAUCGUAGUCCGCAGGACAGGUACAUCCUCUCACUGCCCUUCAAGGACAACAUAGCUUCCAUUGGAAAUAAUGAGGGUUUGGUCGGGUCGCGCUUGUGCUCCUUCAUAAGGAAGCUGAAGAAGAAUCCGGCACAGUUGGCGGCUGUGGACCAAGAGAUUCAAAUAUACCUGGAUCGAGGUUACGCAGAGGAAGCAUACCCGAUACACGAGGGACAGCUCGCGGAUUUCCUUCCUCUUCAGGCCGUGUUCAAAACGGACCAGGAUAAUAAGAUCGUGAAAACGAGAGUCAUCAAAGACGCGGGCGCUCGCAGAAGCCACGAGUUAUCUCUGAACGAUUGUCUCCAUCAGGGAGAGAACCUCCUUCCGAAUGUGCUCAAGGUUUUGUGCACCUUCAGAACAGGCGGAUACGCAAUUACAGCCGAUAUUGAAAAGACUUUCUUGCAAUUCGAAAUCGCUGAGAGCAACAGAACAUUCCUACGUUUUCUUUGGCCCUUGGCGAUAUCGGGAAAUCCCGGCGCCCAAAUCAAACAGUUCUGGUCCAGAGUCCUCGAUUUCGGCCUGAUCUGCUCUCCGUGGUUACACAUCAAAGGCGUACGACACCAUCUGGAAAAUGCAAAGAUCAGUUCCCGGAACUCGCUCAAUUCAUAG